AAGGCAAGGGAGCGGGGGUGGCGGCUGGGUGAGGGAAGCUGCAGAGACGGCGGAGGGUCCGGUGCUUUCGGGGACGAGAGAACGAGCUUCGGUUUGUGUUAAAGUAUUUGAACCUAUAUUGUGUAUACCAGAAGAUCCACGUAGGAAAACAUGUCUUAUUUACUCAAAGAAUUUCAAAAAUGUGGUUUUGCCUGCCAAAGGCAUAGAGUAGGAACAUUAUUAAUUGGAAAACAUACGCUGAAAAAUUCCAAAGCCUUCAGUGGACAAAAACUGAAUACUUCACGAGCUUUAUCUCAAGUUAGUGCCAAGAAUGUGGACUCUUUCAGUUAUGUAAUUGUUGGAGCUGGAUCUGCAGGAUGUGUAUUAGCCAACCGAUUGACAGAAGAUCCUCACAGCACUGUUAAGCUCCUGGAAGCAGGGCCAAAAGAUACCAUUUUGGAUAGCAAGCAAUUGCUGUGGAAGAUCCAUAUGCCUGCUGCACUAACCUACAACCUAUGUGAUGAGAAAUAUAACUGGUAUUACCACACAACACCACAGAAGCACAUGGAUAAUCGAAUUAUGUAUUGGCCCAGAGGAAGAGUGUGGGGGGGAUCAUCAUCCCUCAAUGCUAUGGUGUAUAUUCGGGGCCAUGCAGAAGAUUACAACAGGUGGAGCAAAGAAGGGGCUGUUGGGUGGGAUUAUGAGUUUUGUUUGCCAUAUUUUAAGAAAGCACAGACACAUGAGCUGGGUGCUGAUUUGUAUCGAGGUGGGAAUGGCCCACUUCACGUUUCCAGGGGGAAAACAAAAAACCCCCUUCAUCGUGCAUUUUUGGAUGCAGCUCAACAAGCUGGGUAUGCUUUCACAGAGGAUAUGAAUGGCUUUCAACAAGAAGGUUUUGGUUGGAUGGAUAUGACAAUACACAAAGGUCAAAGAUGGAGCACAGCUAGUGCUUACCUUCGCCCUGCAUUGCCGCGCCCAAACUUGUCCGCAGAAGACAGUACACUUGUUACAAAAAUUUUGUUUGAAGGGACCAAAGCCAUUGGCAUUGAGUAUGUUAAAAAUGGAGAAAAGAAAAAGGUUUUUGCUAGUAAAGAAGUUAUUUUAAGUGGAGGUGCCAUAAAUUCCCCACAGUUACUUAUGCUGUCUGGAGUUGGAAAUGCAGAUGACCUAAAAAAAUUAGGAAUUCCUGUUGUCUGCAACCUUUCAGGAGUUGGCCAAAAUCUUCAAGAUCAUUUAGAAGUGUACAUACAACAGAAAUGCACUCAACCUAUAACAUUGUAUAAAGCACAAAAGCCUCUUCAGAUGGUCAAGAUUGGUCUUGAAUGGUUCUGGAAAUGUACAGGUGACGCAGCCACUGCUCAUCUAGAGUCUGGGGGCUUUAUCAGAAGUCAAGCUGGAAUUUCUCAUCCAGAUAUUCAGUUCCACUUCCUCCCUUCUCAGGUGAUUGAUCAUGGACGUGUUGCUUCUCAGCUGGAAGCUUACCAAGUUCAUGUUGGACCUAUGCGAAGUACAAGUGUAGGAUGGCUAAAGCUGAAAAGUACAGACCCAAAAGAGCAUCCUGUCCUUGAGCCCAACUAUUUGUCAACAGAAAGAGAUGUCUGGGAAUUUCGUCAGUGUGUGAAGUUAUCAAGAGAGAUAUUUGCUCAGGAAGCCUUUGAAAAAUUCCGUGGAUCUGAAAUUCAACCAGGAAGCCAUGUUCAGUCUGAUGGAGAAAUAGAUGCCUUCAUAAGACAAAAGGCUGAUAGUGCCUACCAUCCUUCGUGCACUUGUAAAAUGGGACAGAGUUCUGAUCCCACUGCUGUGGUUGAUCCCCAGACCAAAGUUAUAGGGACAGAAAACCUGAGAGUUGUUGAUGCCUCAAUAAUGCCUAGUAUCGUAAGUGGAAAUUUAAAUGCCCCAACCAUCAUGGUAGCAGAGAAAGCUGCUGAUAUAAUCAAAGGUCUGCCAUCGCUUCAAGAGAAAAAUGUUCCUGUAUAUAAACCCAAAACUUUGGAAACUCAGCGAUGAAAUAGCUGUGACGUUCUCUGCAGAAUGUAUUCUAAUAAUAUUGAAAAUCAACUUUCUGUUUCAGUCAAACAAAGAGAUUUGGUGUGUAAUGAAAAUUGUUCAGAAAAUAGCUGCACCCUCAAGAACAGGUAAAGAUAUCUAAGAAACUGCUUGAUAACAGCAUGGCUGAUAUGCAUAGAUAUUUAUUACUUUAUAUAGUAGGAUCUUAUGAUGGAAUUGACUUCAGAUCUUGAUUAGUUAGGAUAUAGUUUGUGGGCAUAUUUUAAUUGUUUAUAGCUAUGGAUGUUUCAUUGUGUCACUUGUUUUUAAUUAUCUGGCUUUCAGUGUAAUAUAUUUUCUAAUAGCAGCUUGCUGUUUUUUCACUU